AUGGAUCUUGGAAAUACGAGUGUGCUCACCGACGAGCAGCUCAUGGAUGGCUAUGACGACACCCCGUAUCAAUAUUUUUUCCCCGUGUUUAUCCCAGAGAGUGACGCUGCGAAUGUGGCUGGUGUUUUGGAUAGCAUUGAUGGGGGUGCUGAUUUUGACUUGGGUGCGGCCACGCUUGGCCCUGGUGCGUCCCCGUUUGCUCUUGGUUUGACUGAAAAGUGCGCUGACAUUAACCGCUUCCACCGCUCUCUUGCCCACACUUGCGAGCCUCUUUGGAGAGAAACUGCCCAGCAGAGAGGCAUCGUGCUCACCGGCAAGCUGGAACCGUGCGCGGACUGCAUGAAGGCGAAAGGCAGGCGAGGGUCGGUACCGCGGGGGUCGGGAGCGCGGGCGUACAAGCCACUAGGGCGUGUUCACCUGGACCUGUGUGGACCGCUGGUGCCUUCCCUGGGCGGCAACCUCUACCUGUUCGUCGCCGUGGACAGCGCCUCGCGGUGGAACAAGGUCUACGGUCUCCGGCGGAAGUCCGACGCGCUGGCGGCAACGAAAAGGCUGCUGGCGGACGUGGGGCGGUACGACCUCGGGCGCAUCGAGUGUUUCCGCGUCGACAAAGGCACCGAGUGGACCCGUGGCGACUUCCUGCGCUUCUGCGACGACAACGGCAUCAGCGUCGAGUUCACACCUCCUGGCGUUCCGCAGUACAACGGCGUCGUCGGGAGCGCCAUCUGGCGCAUCAUGAAGGCCGGCAUGGCCGCUCGCCGCAGCGCUGGCCGUGUGUUCAACGUCGACUUCGCCUACAUCCCGGCCUCGACGAGCGUGUCGGCGACCAAGGCCAAGCCCGGGCGNCCCACUUGCCGCGUCGUCUACACCAACAACGUAUCGUGGGUGACGUCGGCGCCAGCCGGCGAGGGGGGUUCCGCUGGUAUCACCGCUGCGCCGACACCCCCCCCGUUCACGCCGCCGGUCGUCUCGAUCAACUUUGGCCCAGCACCGACGCCUUCGACCGCCACACCGCCGCCGCCAGCGCCCACGCCGUCGCCCGCUCCCGCUCCCGCUGCCGCUUCGCCCCCUGCCGCAACGCCGUCGCCAGCGACCACGCCGCCGCCCGCUCCCACGCCUUCACAACCGCCCUCUGCCACUUCGCCGUCACCGUCGGCGACCCCCGCUCCUGGCCAGCCGUCCUCUACCUCUUCGCUGUCACCGUCGGCGACCCCAGAUCCAGGCCAGCCGCCGCCCUCGCCGGACCCCGCGAUGCCCCCGUUUACGACUCACGCCAUGCGGCAGCUUCGCCCGGGUACAAAGACCGAGGUGGAGAACGUCAUUAACGCUAAGUGGGUAUUCGAUUGGAAGGCAGAUGAGUUUGGAUGGCCCACUAAGCUUAAGUCGAGACUUGUAGCGAGAGGUGAUAUGCAGAGAGAGUACAUUGACUUUGGAGAGUUGUACGCGCCUACCGUUUCUGUUUCGUUUGUUAGGAUGUUGGCUGCUUGGGCGUGCGAGUUGAACCUCGACUUGUGUCAUUUCGAUUUUGAGCAAGCUUUUGUGCGUUCAGAGUUGGAGGAAGACGUGUACAUGCGUUUGCCGCAGGGAUGUGGAGCUCUAUCUGGAAUGAUUGUAAAACUAGGCAAGAGUCUGUAUGGCUUGAGACAGGCAUCUAGGCAGUGGCAUGCAAUGCUGAAGAGGUGUUUGGUGGCGUUAGGUUUUGAGCAGUGCAUGGCCGAUGCUUGUGUGUUUCGUUUGAUUGAGGAUGGAUGUGUUGUUUUGAUUUUGGUAGUACAUGGAGAUGACAUUUUUGCUGGGAGAGAGGGGGAGAUGUGGCAAGUUUGGCGCCGACCUUAA